GUGGCUUCAGAGCUCCGUCGAGAAGCAAAUAAUGCACAUCAAUAAUUAAACUCUGAAUUUCCGAACAUAGAGAACUUACAUGUGUGAAUGUGUUUUACUCUCAGAUCUCAACUAGGAUGUAAAGAGUUGAAUGUUGUGAUAAGGCUGAGAGCUUCAUUAAGCCACCUGGAUUUCAGGACAGGGGUACCCCGCGCUAAGGAUAGGACCAGUACAGCAGAAUUGCAAUGAAUGCCACAAACAUGCCGCAGCCAAAGGAGCCCAUCGAAGUCUCCUUCCCACUCCCAAAGGCCCCAGAUACCAAGAUUCACCUUCGUCUGACGAUUCAAACGACAUCGUUACUUCUCUUCCUCACUACCGUGAUCAACAACGAUACAUCGACAGUCCCUCCUCUGGGCUCAUUCGUUUAUGCGCUCCCAGAUGUGUGUCAUUUAUUCUAGAGACACCGUUGUACAGGACUAACAGAUCUUGCAGAGAAUGAAUCCUGGCCAAACCAUUUCCACCCCGCUAUAUACAUACGAAUCCUCAUUGGAAUUCUCCACUCGUCUUGCCAAGUUGCUGGCACGUAAGACCGGAAAGCCUGUAUACG